AUUCGAACCGGGCAAUUUCGUUGGACCGCCACUAUUAAGCUUUCUCCCACCACUGAACCCUUAAACCUUAACCUAGCAUGAGAAGACGAUGGGCGGUUGCCGUCACGGCCAGCAAGCCCACCCCUGGUCUACUAUCAACCUCCUCCUCCUCCAUACGACCCUUCUCUUCUCGGUAUUCCUCCUCCUCCGCCGUCGCCGCCGAAGACUUACUAGCCGAGACCCUGCCACCAGAGAAACCCAGCACCGGCUCGUUUCUCGUCGCCCGCCUAUCCUAUCUUCUCUCCCGGCCGCACUGGCGCAAGAACCGCUCUUUGAAAAAAUUGGGUCGCUCCGUGACCCCGCCCGUGGUCGCCGAGCUGCUCCAGGGCGGUUCCCUCGAUGCCGAGUCGGCGCUCGCGUUCUUCCAAUGGAUCGGCCAGCGUCCAGGAUACCGGCACAGUGUAGAGUCCUAUGCCUCCCUGGUCCACGUACUCCUUCGAUCGAAAUCUCGCUUCCAGGUUGACGAAGUUGUCACCUUUAUGAUCAAAUCGUGUUAUUCCGUCGAGGAAGUGCGCACAGCAUUGGAGACAUUUAAGUCGAUCAACAGAGCAGGUGGCGGUGUCAGAUUCAGGCCCUCUAUUUGGUGUUACAACACGCUGUUGAUGUCCCUCGGCAGGUAUGGAAUGAUCGAGGAGAUGAACGAUAUGUACCGGCAGAUUAAUAAUGAUCAAGUUUUGCCUGACCUUGUUACCUACAAUACGAUGAUCAAGGCCUAUUGCAUGGAAGGGAAUCUGGCUGAAACAAAACUGUAUCUUAGGUGCUUACUGGAAUCUGGUUUGGCUCCAGAUAGAUUUACGUACAAUUUUUUGAUCUUAGGGCACUGUCGGAGCAAGAAAUUAGACAGGGCUUGUUGGAUUUUCUUGAUGAUGCCACAGAUGGGUCGCCGGAGAAACGAAUUUUCAUACACCAUCCUCAUCCAAGGGCUCUGUAAGCACUCUAGGGUAAAUGAGGCUUUGAGCUUGUUCUUAAAGAUGGGAAGUGAUGCAUGUCACCCUAAUGUCCACACGUACACGGUGAUGAUAGAUGGUCUUUGCACGGUGGGAAAGCUUGAUGAUGCUGAGAAAUUGUUGAAUGAGAUUUUUGAUAGAGGUUUGGUUCCUAGCAAUGUGACUUACAAUGCUCUGCUGGAUGGUUACUGUAAGAGAGGGAAAUUUGAAGCUGCUUAUGGGGUUAUGAAGCUAAUGGAAUCAAAUGGUUGCAAGCUAGAUGAAUGGACUUAUUCGAUAGUCAUUCAGAGUCUUUGUAAGGAGAAUAGGCUUGAGGAUGCUGAGGCAUUGCUGAAUGAGGCCAUUGCAAGGGGUUGUGGUCCUAAUGUCUUUACAUUUAGCGCUCUCUUACAUGUAUAUUGCAAGCAUGGGAAGAUUGCUGAUGGUUUGAGAGUUAUGGAACUCAUGGAAUCAAAUGGAUGUAAACCAGAUGCAUGGACUUAUACAAUGAUGAUUGAUGGCCUGUGUAAGGAGAAUAGACUAGAAGAUGCUGUAAAAAUGCUAAGGGAGAUGUUUGAUAAACGUUUGAUUCCAAGUGUUGUCACCUAUACUGCUUUGGUUGGUGGAUUUUGUGAGAGAAGGAAGAUGAACGAUGCACUACAGGUUGUGGAGAUGAUGGAGUCAUAUGGGUGUCAACCAAAUGCUUGGACUUAUACUGAGCUGAUUUAUGGAUUUUGUCUAGAGAGAAACGUGCACAAGGCGAUGAGUUUGUUAUCCAAGAUGCUUGAAGGUGGAUCAACUCCAAACAUAAUCACAUACACCAACUUGAUUAAUGGGCAGUGCCAGGAGGGUUAUAUGGAUGAUGCUCUCAGAUUACUCAACUCAAUGGAGGCAAAAGGUUUGGUCGCUGAUCAGCAGACAUAUACUAUUUUAAUAGAUGCCCUCUGCAAGGACGGGAGAAUUGGUGAAGCUUAUGCUUUAUUUUCCUCUCUUGCCAGAAAAGAUGUAAUUCCAAACAAGGUCAUGUAUACUGCACUAAUAGAUGGCCUAUGCAAAUCAGGAAAGAUUGAUUUUGCUUAUUCCCUGCUUAUGAGAAUGAGUUUAGAUGAUUGCUUGCCAGACACCUUCACCUACAGUGUGUUAAUAGAUGGCUUUUGCAAAGAAAGAAAAUUGCAAGAAGCCUUGUCACUGCUGGGGACUAUGUCCAAAAAAGGUGUAGAGCCUACAGCUGUAACUUUUACGAUUCUUAUUGAUGAGAUGCUCUAUAAAGGGGACUAUGAUCAUGCUAAAAAGAUGUUGAACCAAAUAUUUUCUUCAGGUUGUAAGCCAACUGCACACACUUACACUGCAUUCGUCCAUGCCUAUUGCUGUGAGGGAAGGGUAGAAGAGGCGGAAAGUACAGUAACAGAGAUGAAGAAUGAAGGAAUUCUUCCUGAUUUGGUAACAUAUAACACAUUGAUUAAUGGAUUUGGAACUAUGGGGUACAUGGAUCGUGCAUUUUCUGCUCUCAAGAACAUGAUCGAUUCUGCAUGCCAUCCAAACUACUGGACUUACUCAGUUUUGCUCGAGCAUUUCUUGAAAGGCAAGCAGGAAAACAUUGUCCUUAGUAGUUCAGAAUUGUGGGAGAAAAUAGAUGUAGCAAUAGUUCUGGAGUUUUUAGGGGAGAUGGAACAGUUUGAUUGUGCUCCUAAUCUUGUUACAUAUGGUGCCCUCAUAGCAGGCUUCUGCAAGGUGGCACGGUUGGAAGAAGCAUAUCUGAUGUUGUCUCAUAUGAAAAAAGGAGGUUUAUUACCCAACGGAGACAUCUACAACUCUCUCAUUAUUUGUUGCUGCAAGUUAAACCGGUAUAUGGAGGCAUCAACUUUUAUGAACUCCAUGUCAGAAUGUGGCUAUCUUCCUCAGUUGGAAUCCUACCAGGUUCUUCUUUCAGGGCUCUGUGAUGAAAGAAACUCUGAGCAAGCUAAAUUAUUUUUCUGUGACUUAAUGGGUAAAGGUUAUAAUCCUGAUGAGGUUGUAUGGAAAGUUCUCAUUGAUGGUGUACUUAAAAAAGGUUAUGUGAAUGAAUGUUCUGAGAUGUUUACAAUCAUGAAGGAAUUGAACUGCUAUCCUACUCCUCAGACACUUGCUCUGAUGGCCAAGUACACUUCUGAACUAAGUCAGGGGGAAACAAGCAUACUGGAGAAAUGAUCCUUCUUAAUUGGCAUCUUACAUGGUAAUUCCUGUGGCAACUUUUAAAUGUUCCCUUCCCUUGUAUGGAUACUUAUUGGUGGAAUUACACCGGAAGACUUAUGAAGCAUCCUUGUGAUGGUGUCAGAUGUCCUUCAAAGAACUGUCUUGAGACUGAUAGUAUCCUGUGAUAGUAAACCAUCCUUGACAUCUGAAUAGGUACAAGGGCACAGGUAUCUACUCAGACUAAACUGCACAAGUUCCUGCCUACUUGUAUGAGGCUGUUGCAAUGUACGGCAGCAAUUUACAAAGGGGAGUCCAGGAAAUGGAAUCCACACUGGAGCAGUGUUCAUGUUUUCCAUCAUAGGUUGGAAAUUGGCCUUCCAAGGCAUGAUGAGAUGUAAGACCUUUGCACAGAUCGACCAUGGCCCUUCUUUAAGAAUACCAAGAGAAUCCUCUUCGGAUGUAAACCGAAAAGAAAAAAAAAAUCCAUUGGUCAUUAUCAAGAAUUAAUGGAUUAGAAGGAAAAUUCCAAAGUUGGAUCACCGUUGUUCUAAUGAUUUCUAGCGGUGGUGGUUUCCUCAGAAACCAGUGGUAUUCUAAAAGCUAUGUGCCUAGUGUCAAAAGUCAGUUGGCCAUGGAUGGCCAGAUGUUUAAAGAUAGUGUAGUUUGAUGGUCAUGAAUUUUUCCCAAACCUCCAGAUAUGAACCAAGUCGAUAUAGCUAUUGUGAAUGCCAGGAUGGAUCAUGUCAUAUGGCUUAGGCAUGGAAAUAAGAAAUUUGUAUGUGAAAAUAUAUCUUAAAAAAGUUUAAAUUAUUGAAAAUCGAGUUUAGGGUUCUUGGUGAGGUAUGUGUAAUACAGUAUUUAGAACUUCAAAUUUCUUACUGAUUUAGAUAAUAAUACAAAUAUGCUUAUUUUCUUUGUUACAUUUGUUUCAUUGGUAUAGACAAGAAUAAGAAAAGCUUGCCUAAGAAUCAGCAUAUACAUUUCUGUUAUCUAAUGCUGUCACUGGUAUUUCUUUUUACAAAAGAAUGUUCCCAUCUUCUCUGAAUUUGAUAAUGUUGGCCAUGAGUUACAUAAUGUGCUUUGGAGGGGUUCUGGUCUGUACAACUAAACGACAAAAAUUAUACUGAUAUUUACAAAAAUCAUACUGAUAUUUAAUAAAUGCAGAUGCAUAUGAUGGUCACGAGUAGCCAAGAUAGAUGCAUUGGUAGUUGGAAGAAACACAAGCAAAACAAACUCGAAAUGUGGUAAUGUCUUGACUCAGGUUAGCUGCUCUUCACUCUAAAAAAUAAACUGAUACAUUUGUUAUUCCUGAAAUGAUGACAUCAUUCCUUCAUAUGGUUGUUUUCAUUUCUUUUGGUUUAUGUUCAACUCAAUUUACAGAUGUUCCUUGUGUUCUAGUUGUUAUUUCAGAUGAGUGGAUUAUUUUUGCCCUAGUAUAUUUUGGCUGGUCCAAGAGAGCGGAGGGAUAGUAAUAAAAUGUUCUUUUCAAGUCUGUCAUAGGAGCUGAUAACCUUGUCUUCUUUUUUCUUUUCCCAAUAUUGGUGUCCAAGAUUCUUCGGAGCAAUUCAUUAAAUUCUGACAAGUUGAUUCUUCAAAAGCUUGUGAAUAGCUUAGACUCCUGAAUAUUUUGUUGUAGCAUUGACAGUCUUACACUGGUUAUUAUUCCGAUUAUUGUUACUAACAUGGGCUUUCCCUUUCAAGAUAUUAUUGGAGAUGGUGAGAACAUAUCAGAUUCCUUGGAAAAUUAUGCCUCUUAAAUUCUUUGAAUUGACUGGUUAAGUUCUUGAGGUUUUGGCUUUGCAAAUAAAGAGGUUUAACAAUUAUCACAAUGUGUCCUAGGUUAGUUAUUUCUUCUUUGAAGAACUUUGCUCUGAAUGGCACUUGCAAAAAAAAUUUCAUAAGGAAAUAAUUUAAACUUUAUUUUGAGAAAAAGUAUGAGGUGGUAAUAGUGGUAAUACUCAGUGACUAGGAGCAGUGUUAAAUCUUUAAAGGAAUACUGAAACGGAUGGCCCAAACCAUGAUAACAAGUAAAAUUGCAAUGAACCAUUUCUUGAAAAGAAUCUGUGUUGGGGAUCUAUAAAUGAAAUAUUCACAAGCAAGGUGCCUAGGAGGAUGAUAAAAGGGUCUCCUGAAGAAGGCCUUAAGAACAACAGCAGCAAUAACAACAACUAGUUGUAAUGACAGUAGCGAUAACAACUAGUUGGAAUGACCCAACUAUUUGAGAUCAGCUAUGUAGAUCUUUUAUCGUCAUUGAGCACCAUAAAUCUAGAGUGAUUACCUUAUGUAUGAUUAAUUGCACAUUAUCAGGCAAUACUAGAGUGAUAACUUAGUUGAUCAUGCUAAGUAUCUAUAUCAUGAAUGCGUCGUUUUAGUGCUAACAUUAACUUAUAGCAGUUCAUGCAGGACAUGGGACCAACAGGCUUUUUGGUAGACCUAUUCUUCCUAGAGGGUCCUCACGAUUGAGAUAAGACUUUUUGGUAGGACAUUCAGCUUUGGAAACUUCCAUGUUUGAUUACAAGAGGAGUAUCCGAAGGACAGUUAAGAUUCUGAUGCCUCUUUGCAGCAGAUCUCCUGAUACACGUCUCGUAUAGAUUGCAGGAAUUCUCAGUUACUCAACUCAACACUGCACUCACUUCUGCAGCUUGUGCUUCCUCACAACUGCACACUGGAGCUAGUUGGUUUCCCGGACAAGAUUGAAGACUUUCGACCUAGUAGAUUGGAAAAACAAUAUGGAUGCAGUUGCCUCCAAGUUAUAUCAUUUAUUAGUUCCUUUCUGGCAAUGAUACAAGAUGGGGACCAGCUUGAUUGCUUUGGAAAGUUGAACCUCCUCCAAAGUCUGCUGUGAAAAAUGUGCUUUUUCCUCAAAAAAACAUAUAUAUAUGAUGGAUAACGGCCAAAGCCUGGAUUUCGAGCAGUUUCUUGUGAACCCUCUCUGCGUUGAGCUGUUCGGGAUCAAGUAUGUAAUAAUAUACCAAUCAAUCCGAAUUUAUCAAUCAUCCUUCAUUCAUAAGCAGUUCAGUGUCCGAUGGAUUGUUGCUUUUUCUGGCUGAUACUAUGGUGGGAAUUAAAGCUUUUGUCCUAAAGCUGGACAGCAAAUGCAACUAUUUUGCUUCUUCAUGGCUGUUGCAAUGGAAGUAUCCAUCACAGGAAGUCCAAAAUGAACAAGUUCAGCAUGAAGACCGAGCCACACAAUUCCCUCGCUCAUAUGGCUCAGAUGAAGGUGAAUUCUUUUGUCCUAAAGAUUAUUUCUGGACUUCAAACGCAGCUAUUUUGUUUCUUCAUGGCUGUUGCAAUCGAAUGACAUGUUCCAUUUACUA